AUAAAAAGAUGUCUUCAGAUCUCAUUUGGAACAUUGUCAAAAAAAACAACGCUUUCAAAAUUGAAAGAAACGGUACCGUUCUCUCAUGUGAACCAGGUAACUUACGUAACAAACAUUCAAUCAAAUACUCUGGUUUAGCCAGAAAGAAUGUUAUUGAUGUUGCUGCCCAAAACGGUAAAAUCGUUGUUUCAAGCAGAGUCGUCAAGAAAGUUGCUUUCCCAGCCACUGCCAACAAAACCACCACUUUCACCACCAACAACUCAAGAAAGACUGCCCGUUUCGUUAAAACUCUUGCUACCCAAUACGCUCCAGAAUUAAGAGCUGCUGCCCUCGGUCGUUUAAACAGAGUCCAAUCAUCAUUAAAAGCUGCCAAACUCGCUCAAGCCCGUAAAGCCAAAAAAAACUAAAUUAAAUUAUAAUAUGUGUAUUUAGAAAUAAAUAUUUUUUAAAAAUAUAUAAUAU